AACAGUUUACGACAAGCAAGCAAACUGUUCGCAACUGAGUGCGUUUCCAGCUCGAAAUAUUUUUUUUUGUGAAUUUUGUCACGACGAGUGCGCUUAGCGACGCAAAGAAGACCAUAUUCAAAGUAAACAAAACCCAAGCGAAACAAAACAUAAAUAAAGAUGUCUGAUCGCAAAGCUGUCAUUAAGAAUGCUGAUAUGAGCGAGGAGAUGCAGCAGGAUGCUGUUGACUGCGCGACACAGGCCCUCGAGAAGUACAACAUCGAGAAGGAUAUUGCGGCUUAUAUCAAGAAGGAAUUCGACAAGAAAUACAAUCCAACAUGGCAUUGCAUUGUCGGCCGCAAUUUUGGAUCGUAUGUGACACACGAGACGCGCCAUUUCAUAUAUUUCUAUUUGGGCCAGGUGGCCAUUUUAUUGUUUAAGAGCGGUUAAAGUAUUGUCGAGUCGGAUGAAGUGGUGGUCAGGAGGCUGGAGGAGCAACAGCAGCAGCAGCAGCAGCGACAACAACAACA